AUUAUGCAUGCUACACACCGCUUGUGAUCAUUAUAGGGCGCAACUAAGAAGGUCUUACCAUAUUUCUUCUGAAGCCGUCGCAAAAGCUUAAACAUGCAUCACAGCCACAUAAUAGUUACGCUUAAGCUAAUGAAGCUACUUAUCGCAAUUUAGACGGCCAGCAAGUACACCUGAGGCCGUUGUGCACGGAUUGCGAGCUUCUGCGCGCGUGCAGGAGUGCAAACGCGAUGUUAAUAUAUCAUGUGUCAUCCUGGGUUGUAGCAGGACUGCAUUUGCAUGGCGUGCACCCCUUGCAGGAAGUGCUUCCGGAGCCUGCUGCUGGCCUCGACCCUAUGCAGCCUUGGCAAGUGUAUCCUAAGAGACCAUUCGAUCAGCUGCCUCGACCACAAACGCUGGACCGAACCGCCUCCGCCAUCGGGUGCAUCGUAUUUUGCCCCAUGCGGCGCAAAGCAAUAUAGGCUCGACCAGAACAUUGCCCUGUCCUCAUAGCCUGCCGCCCGAACCAUAUCUUUCAGGGCAGUGCGGAUGAAGCUGUGAAUAAGAGCAGCGCAGUAUCAGGCUCCGAAGCGGGCAUUAGUCCCUGAAUCAUGGCCGAGGUCGACUCUCCGCCCGGGAGCCGCCUGUUCAUCGUCUGUGGCAAGAAUGUCGAGGCUGAGACGCUGCAGGUUGCUUUCCGCCCUUUCGGCAAUGUCCAGAACGUGAAGGUCAUCCGCGAGAAGGGAGUUGCGUAUGUGAAGUAUGACAAGGCUUCCUCUGCUGCCCUGGCGAUGGAGAACCUUAACGGGGCUGUGCUGAACAACGGCCGGGGCCCGAAGCUCAAGGUGCUGCUGGCGGAGGCCCCGAACACCUCGCGGGGCAUGCACCCUCCGAGGCCCGCCGAGCAGGAGAUUAGCUCGGACCCGGACAACAUUCCGCCGCGUUCGCGUCUGUUCAUCGUUGUGCCCAAGCAGGCCGAGCCGCAGCAGAUCAACGACGCUAUCGCCAUCUAUGAUGGCCUGGAGUACUGCAAGACGGACCUGGUCGCGGCCAAGGGUGUCGUCUUCUGCAAGUUCACCAAGGCGUCGUUCGCGCUGCGCGCACUGGAGGAUGUAACCGGGCGUGGCACGGUUGGCCCCUACAAGGUCAAGUGCAUGCUGGCGGAGCCGAAGACCAAGCGCGGCCGCGGCGACGGCUCGCCCCAGGAUAUGUUUUCGCCGCUGACCCAGGCGACAAAGCUGGACUACGGCAUCAACCACCACCUGCCCCCGGACGCCUCGCACAUGGGGCCUCUGGAUCUGCCGAUGGGCCACGGCCUGUCUCCCUCCCAGAUCGGCGUGCCGGACUACGGCGCUAUCAGCGGCCUAGGCGGUCUGGGUGGCCUGGGCAGCUUUCACAACCUGGGCGAUGCCAACCUGGCCAACAUGCAGUCGCACUUGUCGGCGCAGGUGGGCGCGCUCGGCUUCAACAUGAGCCUGGGCAGCCUGCACAACAGCUCCACGGUGACGCCACACGACUCGCCCACGCUGAGCAAGCAGCGCUUGUUCGUGGUGGUGCAUAAGACCGUGAACCAGGACGUGCUGGCGCGCCUGUUCCGGAAGUUCAACGGCAUGGAGUACUGCGACCUGAAGAAGGACCCCGCGACCGGCCGCUCCAAGGGCUUCUGCUUCGUCAACUACUCCACUCCGGAGGCCGCGGCCGCCGCGAUCGCGCAGCUAAACGGCAUUGAGUUCCCGCCGCACUCGAACCAGCGCCUGAAGGUCAUGUACGCGGAGCAGCUGGGCGUGCGCAACAGCAACGUCAACGCGCCCGGCUCGGCCUCGCACACCUCGACUGGCCACCACGCGGCGGCUGCGGCUGCCGCUGCACACGCUGCUGGCGGCGCGCGCAGCCCCAUGGCCAUGUCGCUGCAGACCAGCAGCCCCAGCCCCGUGCACACCCCGCUGUCGCCGGCGGUGAACCUGAGCCCGGAGGCGCACGUGGCGUCGGUGCAGGAGACGCUGGCGAACAUGUCGAUGCCUCGCGUGGGCUCGACCAACGGCGUGCAGGAGGAGCUGGAGCGCCGCAUGGCCUCGCCCAUCUCUAGCGUGGCGAGGGAGCUGAUGUUCAACGUGGCGGCAUGACAAUCCCAGGAGAGAUCCGAGUUCCGCUCCGCUAUGGUGUGCCAGGAGUUGGUGGCACGCAUCGGGAGUGUUCCGGGGCAGGCGGGAGCGUGUCGGGGCACCGAGGCUGAGCCGCCGAGGGUACCGUCCGAGAUAUGCUAUCAAUAGGAGAGAAGACCGAGAGGCAGCGCUAGCAUGCUUGAGCUGCGAGUCGAGUGCGAGGGAUUUUGGAGGCCGCGGUGGUGCGCGGCGCUUGCCGAACACCGCGCGUGCGAGUUUGAUCCUUGUCCACCCAUUGAGAAGACGACAUCAUGUUUUGUGUCAGCGCACGAGGCAUGCGGCCGCUGAUGAUGGGCCGGUGUAGGCAUGCCUGCCGCAACCUGCCAUCGUGCGGGAGGUGGAGAGGUGAGGCACACCGGUUUUAGGGGCGGUGUGUCGCGUGCGCUGCUCCCAUGUAGGCGGGAGAGUAAGGCAGGGCAGGAGCAGCAGGUGCAGGUGCAGCAGCAGUAAGCGAUGGUCGGUUGGAAGCGCAGAUAGCAAAUAGUUUUGACGCCGGAUGAGGGAACGUGUCGAUCGUGUUCGGACUUAGUGCACCACCUCAAGUGCGCAUAACUGUGUAUAUUGGUUGUGUGCGUGUGGUAACGCGGCAAGGUUGAGCAGGAUGAUUCACAGGUUAGCCACAAGACGGAGAAAUCGUGGGAUAGAUGCCGCGGGUAGCUGUCUGGCAAGUAUUGCAUGGUAGGUGCGUAGCUUGUCGUGGUCAUUGACAUAGGCUUCUUAGCAUGCGCCCUGCGACGACCCGUAGGCUAGAGGCGCGGAUAGGGCUAACACUGAUUAUAUCCAAAAAUCAAAACACAGGCAGGACGAGCAUGACCGCAACUGUCGUUGAGCCUGGUACAACUUGUGGUUGACUUCGAGGGCACGCAAAGAUGUAGGCGGGCUGGUGAAUGUGUGUUUGCACAAGUCGUGCGCUCACAAGGAUGAGGAAUGUAGGAGGAGAGGGCAGCUUCCCCAUAUGGAAGGUCCUGUAGAGUGGGACGCUGGUGCGUCGUGGAUGCUUGCUGCGCAAGCGUCGGACUGGUGGUGUCUCGAGCAGCUUUGACUGUAAGUACGCCAGCCGGG